CAGCUGUCCCCAGAGUUGCCUUCCACUGGCUGCGAUGAGCGGUGAGCUCUGGCUGUGGGCAUUGUGCGCCCUGCUGCCAGCCCUGUGGCUGCUGAGCUUCUUGCGCACCGAUUCUGACCUGACGCUGCUGUGGGCUGCAUGGCUGGGUCGGCGUCCAGAACAGGUGCUGACUGGCAUGGUGGUGUGGGUGACCGGAGCAUCCAGUGGCAUUGGUGAGGAGCUGGCUCUCCAGUUAUCUAAGCUUGGAGUCUCCCUGGUGCUGUCAGCCCGAAGGGUGCAGGAGCUGGAGCGGGUGAAGAGAAGGUGCCUGGAGAAUGGCAAUAUAAAAGAAAAAGAUAUACUGGUUUUGCCCCUUGACCUGGCUGACAGAAGUUCCCACGGCAUGGCUACGAAAGCCGUUCUCCAGGAGUUUGGUAGAGUUGACAUUCUGGUCAACAAUGGUGGAAAAGCACAUUGUUCCUUUGCUGUAGAUACCAACCUGGAUGUCUUCAAAGUGCUGCUAGAGGUGAACUACUUAGGGACAGUGUCCUUGACCAAGUGUGUUCUACCUCACAUGAUGAAGAGACGGCAAGGAAAGAUCGUGAUUAUUAACAGCCUUGGGGGAAUUAUACCCAUACCACUUACCAGUGCGUACAACGCCAGCAAACAUGCUCUUCGGGGAUUUUUAGAUACCCUCCAGACUGAACUUUUUAACUAUCCAGGUAUAACAAUGUCUACCAUUUGUCCAGGACUUGUACACUCCAAUAUUUUCCAGAAUUCUUUUACUUCAGAAAUCACUGAGACUUUAGGGAAAAAAGCAGGGGACCUUUCCAAGAUGGAAACAAGCCGCUGCGCCCGCCUGAUACUGAUUUCCAUGGCUAAUGAUUUGAAAGAAGUCUGGAUCGCGCAGCAGCCUCACUUGUUUAAGACCUAUGUGUGGCAGUAUGUGCCAAUCAGGGACUGGAUAUUUUCACGGAAGACGUGGAAGAAAGUUAUUGAAGGCUAUAAUAUUGAGAUGGAUGACAAGCUUCACAAGGGCCUGAGAGAAUGAGGCUGCCUAAUCUUGCACCUUUAGCCAUCAAAUUGGUUACACACUCCUCUUGAAGUCUGGAAGACAGGCUGAUGGAAGGGAGCCUUAGCCAUUUCCAAGCCACCAGAAAGGAAGCUGUGAAACACAAAUAUAAUGUUUUUCUCAUGCACAAAAGACUGACUGAGGACUGGACUGUAAUUUUAUGUUUGUUAUCCUUCAAAAGAAGGUUGGCCAGGUAGCCCAGACUGGCCUCCUGAGUGUUGGAAUUCUUGGCAUCCUCUUUCAUGCUUCAUUUUAAUUUUGACCUAACUUUUUCAACAUGUAAUAAAUAAAAAGUAAAAUAUCA